AUGCCUAAUAAAACUAAGCGUAUAUCUAAAUCAGCGCGUGCUGGCAUUAUAUUUCCUGUCACACGCAUGCAUCGUCAAUUAAAGUCAUCGGAGCAUGUAGUUCGACGAGUAACAAAAGGUGCUGCUGUUUAUCUGGCUGCUGUUGUCGAAUAUCUUGUUGCUGAAAUGCUCGAAUUAAGUGGAAAUGCUGCUCGUGAUAACAACCGAACACGAAUUAUACCUCGACAUAUUUUACUGGCUGUUGCAAGCGAUGAAGAACUUGCUAAACUGUUGAAAGGAGUUACAAUUCCGCAAGGUGGAGUUUUACCAUGCAUUCAUGCAGGCUUACUUCCCAACUUUUUACAAAAAAGUGACUCGUCCGUUAACAGUACAUCAUCAAUAAAUGUUGGAAAACAAUCGGCAACAUCAAAAAAAAAGAAACCAUUAUUAACUAAAGGUAUAGGAAGUUUUACAGUAUAUAGUACACCAAAAUCAAAAUUGACUGUUGUACAGGGAAACAUCAUAAAUAUAAAGGCUGACGCUAUCGUUCAUCCAACGAAUACGUCAUUAUCUAUGAGCGGUGAAGUCGGUAACGCUUUAUCAAAAUCUGGAGGACAACAAUUACGCGAUAGUGUUGCAAAUUUAGCAAAAACAUCACCGUUGGUCAACACUUCAGAUGUUGCUAUCUGUGAUGCUCCUAAUCUUUCCGCAACAAAACUGAUUCAUGUAUAUUCUCCACAGUGGUCAGCUGCACAACAAGCUGAAUGUAUUGGUCAAUUAGAUAAAGCCGUGAAUAAUAUUUUACAAAUAGCUGAUGCGAAUAUGUUAACCGCUGUUGCUUUACCAAGCGUCAGUAGUGGAAAGGCUGGCUUUCCAAAACAGACCGCAGCACAGACAAUACUGCAAGCAAUUAGUAAAUAUUUUAGAACAGUUACAUCAAGUAGUUUGAAACAAAUAUUUUUUGUUCUCUAUGAUGCUGAAAGUGUAAAUGUUUAUACAACAGAAUUACAACGAAUGAUUGAGUAA